GACAGCUCUAUCAGUCAUCAUCAGUGUGCGGAGUGCGAGAGACGUGCAGAAGCUAUCGGACCAUCAUCAUCAGUCAUCAAUCCGAUAAUAGAAAAUACCUUCCAUCGUGCUGUGAAUCUACAACGUGGGUGAAAUUGAAGAUAAUAACCUGGUCGUUACAUAUCUACUAAGAAGAUUCCAUUAGGCAUCGAUUGUCUAUCACCAGUUUUUAUCGAUUUUUACAUCCACAAAAGUUCACAAUGUCCAGCUUCAAGCCUAUCGACGGGUCGAAGGAAGAUUUCCGCAAAUAUCUGGACCGAAAAGGAGUGCUGGAUGCUAUCACAAAGGUUCUGAUCAAAUGCAACUCGGAUCGUCCGGAAAACGCCAUCGAGUAUCUGCUGGACAAUUUGGGGGAACGCCUCAAGGACAAGGACACCAUUGCCCGGCUGGAGAAUGAACUGAACGAUGCCCGGAAUGAAGUGGAAACGCUGAAGCGGGAAAUAGCCGCAUUGAAACUGAAUGCUGUUCCCGGUGCUGAGGCCUCGGAAGCGGGACCAUUGCCGGAACAACCUGCCCAAGGAAAUGUGGUGGAAUCUGCCGGUGGGCAGAUGACUGACAAUUCUGUGAAUCAUCCGGAGAGUCCGUCCAAUAAGAACGAAGCAGUUAAGGAAACGGCCGAAGCUUCGGCAGCCAAAACUCCCGAGGGGACCGAAACCGACCAGAAAGAGCCGGUGCAGUAAUCCUAAUGAUAGUCUUGAUUGCUUAACUUUUCCAGUUUGAUUUCCGUUUUUGCUCAUGUAGGUAUGCAUGACAUGCUAUAAAGUUAUAGGCAAUUGUACGUAUUAGUUUAACCUUUUCUACAAAACUAAUUUGUAGUGAACAUUGAGCAAGGGGUACAGAAAACCAUAUCACGUUCGAUUGAAGUAUGGUUUUAUUGUUCAUUCCGACCAGAAUUAAACGUGUGAAAUCGAAUGAAGGUCAGAAUAAAUGUAAAACGGUAAAGUACAAGUGCGUCCAAUGCGUUUUUUGAUAAGUGUGAAGAAUAUUGCAUUCCUCCAGUAUUAUACAAUUCGAUUGACCUACUUUCCGAGUGUUUUUGAAGGCGCAUUUGACUAAAAUAUAUACCUAGAGUCUAGUCAAAGAAGUAACAUCUAAAUACAAGAAAAGCUGGUAAGCUCCGUAAA